GAGAAGCCUCAAUUGUAUCUGUAAGGCCUCCCAAUGCAUGUAGAGCUCCUACAAAUGACAUGGAUCCCCCUCUUGUUUGGAAGAGGAAUCCUUCAAGAAACCUACUUUCUUGUUUUCUUCCUUCUUUCCGUGUCCGAAUUAUUCAUGUUUUAAAACACUUCACCCCCUCUCUCUCUCUUCACUUGUUGUCCUCGCCCACCUUUUUGUCCCUCUCUCUUUAUUCAAAUUCUCUCUCUCUCUCUCUCGGUCUUCUAUCGCUCUCUCUCCUGAUUCCCAAAUCUCUUCUUUCUGCAAUUCCCUCUUAUUUCGCUAAUUUUCCGAAUUUUUUUAGAGUAGACAAGCUUUGCUUUUGCUUCUCCUGUAACUUUUUAAUGGCUAUUCAUUUGUUAUUUAGCCAUUCUCGAAGUUUAGAUGCUCCAUUUUGAGAUGAUUUCUAGUGGAGGCCGCCUGAUCUUUCAGUCAUGGCUUCAGAGCGGCCUCUCUUGAUUCCGUCUACUCGAACCCCUUGCAGUCCUUCUUUGCAAAGCCCUCAAUCUAUCCCUUUUCCUGGUUUCAAACCCAUUAGCACCACAAACCCCAGCUCUGCUUAUACCAUGGAUCGCCAUGGCUCUCUAGAUCGCUCUGGUUCUCUCUCUACGAUACAGGAAAUCCCUCAAAACCCUAGGGUUUUGUAUUCUUCUUCAGCAAGGACCAGCAUAUCUUCUCGAUCGAAUCGGUCCAAGGCUGCAGCAGGAAGGAACUCAGUAGAGGAAGAAUUUGCAGAUGUUUCUCUGUCUUCUCUCUCCAUAGACAGCCUGAACCUCCCUAGAUCCAAGCAGUUGGGCUCCAGAGGUGGAGGAGAGUCAGAGGUGUUCAGUGCUUCUCAAAAAGAGAUUAAUGAAGAAAACGCCAGAUUUAUUUACUUGAAUGAUCCUCAGCUCACGAAUGAUAGGUAUGAAUUUGCAGGGAACUUCAUUAAAACCAGCAAAUACUCGGUCUUCUCCUUUUUACCGAGAAAUCUCUUUGAACAAUUUCACAGAGUGGCUUAUAUCUAUUUCCUCAUCAUAGCGAUUCUAAACCAGCUUCCUCAGCUUGCAGUAUUUGGAAGAGGUGCUUCUCUUUUGCCUCUGGCUGUUGUGCUUCUUGUCACUGCUAUUAAAGAUGCUUAUGAGGAUUGGAGGAGACAUCGAUCGGAUAGAAUCGAGAACAAUAGAGUCGUAGAGGUCUUGGCAAUGGAAGACCUGCAAUUCAGGCUGAAGAAAUGGAAGGAUAUCAGAGUUGGGGAGAUGGUUAGGGUCAAGACGAAUGAAACCCUACCUUGUGACAUGGUUCUUCUCUCUACCAGUGACCCAUCUGGUGUUUCCUAUGUUCAAACUAUCAAUCUUGAUGGUGAAACCAAUUUGAAAACCAGGUAUGCAAAGCAAGAGACUCUUUCUCUCGCUAAAGAUGGGGUUAUCUCGACUGUUGCUGUGAUCAAAUGCGAGCAACCCAAUCGAAAUAUAUAUGGGUUUCAAGCUAACAUGGAAUUUGAAGACGGAAAGAGGCUAUCUUUGGGGCCUUCAAAUAUAAUUCUUCGAGGUUGUGAGCUCAAAAACACAGAUUGGGCAGUUGGGGUUAUAGUGUAUGCAGGCCAAGAGACCAAGGUCAUGCUCAACAGCUCAGGAACUCCAUCUAAGAGGAGCAGGCUUGAAACCUCAAUGAACAGAGAGAUAAUCUGCCUAUCUUUGUUUCUGAUUGCAUUGUGCACAGCUGUGAGCACAUGCUUUGGCAUAUGGUUACAGGGCCAAAAUGAUGAUGACCUGGAUAUCAUGCCUUAUUUUAGGAAGAAAUCCUUUGAUGAAGAUGGUGGUAAUUACAACUUCUAUGGUCUAUGGCUUGAGAUCCUCUUCAUGUUUCUCAUGUCUGUAAUUGUGUUUCAGAUCAUGAUUCCAAUCUCUCUGUAUAUUUCAAUGGAGCUUGUUCGAUUGGGUCAGGCUUAUUUCAUGAUAAGGGAUACUGAAUUAUAUGAUGAAGCUUCAAAUUCGAGGUUUCAGUGUAGAGCUCUGAACAUUAAUGAAGAUCUUGGGCAGGUGAAAUAUGUGUUCUCUGACAAAACCGGUACUCUUACAGAGAACAAGAUGGACUUUCAGCGUGCGUGUAUAGGUGGGUUGGAUUACUAUGGCAGGGGAACCUCUUCUAAUGAAGGCGGAGCUGAUGAAAUUGCAGUGAAAGUAAAUGGAGAAGUGUGGAAACCAAAGAUGAAGUUGAAGGCUGAUAGUGAGCUUCUAAAACUCUUGAAAAGCCCUGGGGAAACCCCAGAAAAGAGGCAGGCUCAUGACUACUUUCUUGCCCUAGCUGCUUGUAAUACUAUAGUUCCACUUCCAGUGGAGACAAGAGAGAAGGGGGUGAGGUUGAUAGACUAUCAAGGUGAGUCUCCUGAUGAGCAAGCUCUGGUGUAUGCUGCAGCUGCCUAUGGCUUUGUUCUUCUUGAGCGAACAUCUGGUCAUAUUGUGAUUGACGUCCAAGGUGAAAAACAGAGGUUCAAUAUAUUGGGUCUCCAUGAAUUUGACAGUGAUCGAAAGAGAAUGUCUGUUAUAGUUGGUUGCCCUGACCAAACUGUACGAGCAUUCGUAAAAGGUGCAGAUAGCUCAAUGUUUGGAGUCUUGUCCAAAUCCAUUAACUCUGACUUGGUUCAUGUUACUGAGUCCCAUCUACACUCUUACUCAUCUUUGGGCCUGAGAACCCUAGUUAUGGGCAUGAGAGAACUCACUGAACUUGAGUUUCAACAAUGGCAAUCCGACUAUGAAAAAGCCAGUACCUCUUUGAUAGGGAGAGCAUGCUUGCUUCGUUCAGUUGCAGGAAACAUUGAAUCCAAUCUUAAAUUAUUGGGGGCAUCAGGAGUUGAAGAUAAACUUCAACAAGGUGUACCUGAAGCCAUAGAAUCGUUGAGACAAGCUGGGAUUAAGGUCUGGGUUUUGACAGGAGAUAAGCAAGAAACUGCCAUUUCUAUUGGUUAUUCUUGUAAGCUCCUUACUAGUGAUAUGAAGCAGAUCAUAAUAAACAGUCGUUCAAAGGAGGCUUGUAGGAAGAGUUUGAGAGAAGCUAAGGCCUUGGCUGAUAGAAACCAGUUGAGGAGAGAUGCGCAGGAAACAUUUUCUAGUGCACAAGAGCCAUUAGCUUUGAUAAUAGAUGGGAAUAGUCUGGUUUAUAUUCUCGAGACUGAAUUGGAAAUCGAGCUGUUUGAAUUGGCCACAGCAUGCGCUGUGGUGCUCUGUUGUCGAGUGGCUCCAUUACAAAAGGCAGGCAUCGUAGCACUCAUAAAGAACAGGACCUAUGACAUGACCCUUGCCAUUGGUGAUGGUGCAAAUGACGUAUCUAUGAUCCAAAUGGCUGAUGUGGGCAUUGGCAUCAGUGGCCAAGAGGGACGUCAAGCUGUUAUGGCUUCGGAUUUUGCCAUGGGGCAGUUCAGAUUCUUGGUGCCCCUAUUAUUGGUCCAUGGCCAUUGGAACUAUCAGCGAAUGGGCUACAUGAUCCUCUAUAACUUUUACAGAAAUGCAGUGUUUGUCUUCAUCCUCUUUUGGUAUGUUAUUUACGCUGCAUAUACCGUGACCACAGCAAUCACAGAGUGGAGCAGCGUUUUGUACUCCGUAAUUUAUACAUCAUUUCCAACCGUUAUUGUGGGAGUUCUUGACAAAGAUGUGAGCCAUAAAACUUUGCUCAAAUACCCUCGGCUCUAUGGAGCAGGACAAAGAGGGGAGAGUUACAAAUUCAAGCUCUUUUGCUGGACAAUGGCAGAUACAUUGUGGCAAAGUGCAGUGGUUUUCUAUAUCCCUUACUUUACUUAUAGAGUGAGUACGGUGGAUAUAUCAAUGCUUGGAGAUCUUUGGACCCUUGCAGUGGUGAUAUUGGUUAACAUCCACUUGGCCAUGGAUGUAUUCAGGUGGUCAUGGAUAACGCAUGCUGCUUUGUGGGGCACGAUAGUAGCAACAUGCAUUUGCAUCAGUGUCAUUGAUUCUGUACCUUAUUUACCCGGCUAUUGGGCCAUCUUCCAUUUUGCAAAUGCUGCAUCUUUCUGGUUGGAUUUGCUCUUCAUCGUGGUGACAGCACUGAUUCCUCGUUUUGUAGUUAAGAUGUUUAAGCAGCAUUUAAAACCCAGUGAUAUUCAAAUUGGUAGGGAAGCUGAGAAGUUUAGGAAUCCCAGUAACCAGCCUUCUCAAGUAACAGUUGAAUUGCAACCUGUUGUGGAUCCAGUGAGGAGAUGAUACCGUGAAUUUGUUUUUCUUUGAGUGGCUUUUGUUUUUUGUGUAUUUUAUCCCGACUUUUACAUGUAUAGUGUCUUAUUUUAUUGUAAGCCAUGGCGGCCAUUUGGGUGCUGCUUGCUUCCCGUAUACCUCUAUCCACAAGGAUUAGAGUUGUAAUCCCUAUUGGUGGGUUUAAGAUGUGUAAUUCCAAUUCUUUUUGUUAAUAAAUCCAAUUAAGUUUUGAAAAUAA